UUUUUUUUUUUUUUUUAAAUUAUGCUACGUCUAACCAACCAAACCUAUAAUGGAACAAUGGAGUUAAGAAAACAUUAUUAGCCAAGCAAACAUUAAAAAUAUAAUCUGCUGCUACUGUUUGGUUCUUGGUUUGUCUACUUUGUAAUUAAUUGCGCCAAUAAUGGCGAUGGAGUAAUUGCCACUACCUACCUUACAACAAUGACGAGAAUUGAAGGCGGUGGCGUGAACAUCAAUGGAAAUGGAAGAAUUUGGAGGAAUAACACACAUUGCCAUGUUACCAAGUCCUGGAAUGGGUCACUUAAUCCCAUUUGUACAGCUAGCUGACCGACUCAUCCGCCGCCACCGCCUCGCCGUCACUCUUAUCGUUCCGACAGACCGCCCCCUUUCCGCUCCGCAAGAGGCUUUCCUUGGCGCGCUUCCGACAGGGGUCGACUACCUCGUACUUCCUCCGGUCAACUUGGAGGAUUUGUCGGCUUACACUAAGAACGAAAUCCGUAUCUGUCUCACCGUGACACGCUGUCUUCCCGCUCUUCGCCGGGUGUUUGAAUCCUUGGUGGCGUCGAAAACAAGGCCGCCGCCGGUUGCUUUGUUGGUUGAUCUUUUCAGCACCGAUGCGUUUCAAGUAGCUGAUGAAUUUGGGGUUUCCCCUUACCUCUUUUUCCCUACGUCUGCCAUGGUUUUGUCAUUUGGCACUAUCUUACCCGAGCUUGAUUUGGCGGUGUCGUGUGAGUUCAGAGACAUGGCGGAACCGGUUCAAAUUCCAGGGUUUUCCGUGCCGGUUCAUGGAAAGGAUUUUCUUGAUCCCGUCCAGGACCGUCAGGACGAGGCCUAUAGAUGGAUUGUUUACCAUAAUAAAAGGAUUGGGUUGGCAAAAGGUGUGAUCUUGAAUAGCUUCAAGGAAAUGGAACAAGGAGCCAUUGAAGCCUUGCAACGGCCAGAAUCUGGAAUCCCGCCGGUGUAUCCGAUCGGACCGCUUGUUCAGACGGAUUCAGAUUCCUCCGCCGCCGGGGAGUGCCUGGAAUGGUUGGAAGCGCAGCCGCCAGGCUCGGUUUUGUUCAUCUGCUUCGGAAGCGGAGGGUGUCUUUCUCAUUAUCAGCUAACUGAGCUUGCAUUGGGGUUGGAAAUGAGCCAGCAAAGAUUCCUAUGGGUGAUUAGAAGUCCAAGCGACAGUGCCGCCGCCGCUUUCUUCAGCGCCCAAAAUCCAGGCGACCCUCUAACCUUUCUACCACAAGGGUUCUUAGAAAGAACCAAGAAGCAUGGUCUAGUGGUGCCCAACUGGGCCCCACAAUCCCGAAUCCUCAGCCACCGCUCCACUGGCGGUUUCUUGACACACUGUGGAUGGAAUUCGACUCUGGAGAGCAUAGUCCGUGGCAUACCAUUGAUUGCCUGGCCGCUGUACGCAGAGCAGAAGAUGAAUGCGGUAGUGCUAACUAAGGAUAUAAAAGUGGCACUGAGGCCAAUGGCCGGUGAAAAUGGGGUGGUUCGGAGAGAAGAAAUCGCAAAAGUUGUGAAGAGUUUAAUGGAUGGUGAAGAAGGGAAGAUGGUGAGACAGAGAAUUAGUGUGCUAAAGGAUGCAGCUGCCAUGGCUCUCAGUGAAGAUGGUUCUUCCACUAAAGCACUUUCUGAAUUGGCCUCCAUUUGGAAGAACAAGAUGGUAAUUCCUCCUGGGGGUGACCCCAGCCCAGGUGGUAAGAGAGAUCCACCUACAACUGUGAGGUCGUAGGUUGUUCGAACCUCAAACCCCUGGGUUUGAGCCGGUCAGCUAUGGUAACUUAAGCUGGUUUACUCCCUGUGGUCCUUUGCCGGCUAGGGUCACAGGCUAGGGUCACAGGGUGAGGAAUAAACCUCAUAACAAAAAAAAAAGAAAAAAAAGAUGGUAAUUCCUCCAUAAUUGGUCCAAUUAUUUUACCCUGAACACUAAAUAAGUUGUAAUGCAUUGUAUAAAGUAUGAGGAUAUAAUAAUGGCCGCAGAAAACAUAAAAUGUUUGUUAAUUGUCUUGUCCCUAUGUCAUUUUAGCCUGCUCAAAAUAUGCAACUCUUUUCUAAUCUA